UACGGCUUCGAAUCGUUUGCGUUCGCUUUACACUACAGAGGCUUCCGCGACGUUCACCACUCAACACACAUUUACAACACUACUUCCACGGCGCACAAGACACUGGGGCCAAUUCCACACAGGGUAUCGAUCAUCGUCAUGACAGGAGCUAG